AUGGCAGGGGCGGCCUCCUUUAGGUGGUUACUACAGCUGCACAAGGACGUGCCUAAAGCAGCUCGUUUCUACUCAGAAGGACUGGAUUUCGCUGUAAAUGUGUGCACUCUUCGUUGGGCUGAACUUCAAUGUGGUCCCCUUAAGCUCGCUCUCAUGCAAUCUCACGAUAAUCAUCUUGUGCAGAAAGGGCAUUCUUCUUUGCUAUCUUUCACGGUGACUGACAUUAACACGACAGUGACAAAAUUAAUGGCCUUAGGUGCUGAAUUAGAUGGCCCCAUCAAGUAUGAAAUCCAUGGAAAGGUUGCUGCAUUGCGGUGUAUAGACGGCCACAUGUUGGGCCUCUACGAACCUGCAUAA